UGGUAAAUUCUUCUCUGGAUUCUUAUACUCUCUUAUUUUGUUACUUCUAAGAAAACCACAGACUAGGAAACAGGAAGAAGGGAAACACACUUCAUCAACCACACAGUAAGUCCUUGUCGGAAGAGCCUCAGGUUUUACAAUAGGGAACAAAGGUCAUGUGCUGCACUUCCUCUGUCAAAGACAAGUGAAUAAAACCCUUCAGUGCAAGUCAAAUACAGGAUCAUGGAACCUCUCCUCCUGCUGUGGUCGACAGCAGUGGUAGCCAUGAUGAUGGGGACUAAUGCUAAGGCUGUGGAGCAGGACCCGCUGGGUUCAAGGGUUCUGAAAGUCAUUCCUCACAACUCCAACAAAACCCUGGUCACUAAACUGGUGAUGAAGAAUAACAUGAUUACUCUAAAUGAGGAGGAUCAGACAGCUCUGGCCACUUAUCCCACUCUGGAGGAGCUCUACCUGGACAGUAACCUGGUGACUGCUAUACCAGCUAAAUACUUCUCAGUAGUGCCAAAGCUGAGAGUUUUAUCUCUGUCCAGUAACAACCUCAGCAGGCUGGAUCCGGAGGCUUUCUUUGGCCUUAAGGCACUGACAAACCUGGAUCUGUCACAAAACCUGCUAAGUGGUUUUCCUUCAGACCUUUUCAGAGGACUAAACCGUCUAAAGACGCUGAAACUUCAGAAAAACCCUUGGAACUGUUCCUGCCCACUGCUGAUCAGCAUCCAAACAGUCAAGCAAGCAAAGGUUGACAUUGGAGCAGCAGAGGUCACCUGUGCAUCUCCAGAAGCACAGGCAGGACAGGAGCUUUUGAACGCUACAGCUGUGUGUUACCCAUCGCCUUCAUACACCGUCACUGAAGACACACCAGUCAACUCUCAGCAGCUAAAUACCACACUGUUGCCAACUCAAAACCACAGGACAGACAAAGACCAGACGCCUGCACUUGGGAAUGCAUGGAAGUUCACAAUCUGUGUUGUAGCCUUAGCGCUCACCACCUCAAUGCUUAUCGCUCUUGCUAUCAAGGGGCCUUCCUGGUACAAGCUUUACCACAACUACCGUCAUCGGCGGCUAGACCGAGAAGCAGAGGGAGGGAUGGACGCGGGGUCCACAGGUCCCUCAACAAGAUACCUCAGCCAUCAAACGUUCACCUUCCAGCAAGGCAAUGAUCAAACAGCGGGAGAAGAGGAUUGGGAUGAAUACUUUGAGGAUCCGUACAUUAAGAGGGAGGAGGUACAAACAGGAGAGGAGAAUUUAUCAGAGCCAUGAUCGAGUCUAGGCACUUGAGGAGCUUACAGUAUGAACAGUAAUGUUUAAAUGUAAUUUAAGCCUUUUUGUCUAUCCACAUAAAAAUGAUGAUUUAAGCUGAAUGCUAAAAAACUGACAAAUAAUGUCAAUUUAAUGUCAAAUUUAAUGUUGUUUACAUGGAUUGUACUUUUGUAAUUUUAAAGACCAAGACUAAGCUCCAGUCUCUGUAUAAAUAGUUUGUACGUGUAAGUACAGGUAUUAUGUUACUGCAGUCAAGACAGAUGGUACUGUAUAGUCCCAUAUUUUUCCUAAUCUUGAACUAGUUGUGUAAUUUGAUCCGCUUUCUGAGGUUUUCUAAGUUUAUUGUUUCUUAUGUUUUAUUUCAUUUUGUUUCUUCAAAUAAAAUAGAACAUAACAAAACUAUACAAAACCAACUAAUCCCACCAUUAUUUAUUUUCCAUCUCAUACUCACUCUCGUCUCUCGGUGAAGAUGCUGUCAAUGCUUUCAGCCUCACUGUCAUUCUGGGCUUUCAACUGAAAUGAAAAGGGACGAAGCAGUGAAGCACUGGGAGAUCAGAGAGAAACAUCAGCUAUCGCGGUGACUUACAGUGUUGUAGUCAUUGAUCAUUUCCUCCAUGUCUGUGUUGGUGUUUAGCUUGUCGACCAGCUG